AUGAGCACAUUCAAAGUCACAGCCACAAAACCCAGCAUGAAGACCAAAGUGGGGCUGGUCUUUUUUGCAGGUAACAAUGACACAAUCGUGCUGGAUGAUAUCAAAGAAUACAGCAUCUUCCAGGGGUCAAAUCUAAAGAUUGGGCAAGAAAUUAUCAGUAUCAAUGGGACCAAGGUACAGGGAAUGGGUGUCAGUGCCGUCAAAACAUUACUGGAAUAUGCCGAUGGACAAGUCGUCAUUGAACAACCGGGCGUACUAGUACAAGAGGAAGAAGAAGAGACAGCGCAGCAAUCUGUUGUACCAACGGUAGUGGGACAAGUUUACCAUUUGACAUGGUCCUUUGAUGGAAGUCUCAUCAACAAUCCUCAACGAGAGGAACUUCCCAACAUUUUCAAACGCAAACAAAUUCCUCUCGCUGUUUGGCAGAGCGUCCUGGAUUCGGCCAUGGAAAUCGCACAUUCCAUGAAAAGCUUUACCCAAUCCGAAGAACGAUACAAGCACUUCAUGGAACAGCACUAUUUUGUGAAUAGACAAAUGGUGACGGGGGUGGGAUUUGGAACAGAAAGUCGGGACGAGAAAAAAGCAUACACAUUGACCCAUGACACGGCCUUUGCGCAUUCCAAUUUGUCCAUGGUGGCCAGUAGUGUGGUGGCCAAGGCCAGCGGAAUGAUGAGCUAUUACGGAAUCACGGCACAGCUCAUUUUUCGUAGUCAGGGAGCGGCUAAACUUCCAAUGGGACUUCGAUUUACUGUUUUUGCAUAA